CCUCCUCGCACUGGCUCCCCACCGCCUCCUGGCGUAGGCUCGCCGCCGCCUCCUGGCGCUGGCUCCCCGCCGCCACCUGGCACUGGCUCGCCGCCGCCGAGUGCAGGAUCUCCACCGCCGCCGCUCAUUAGUGUUUCGGCGCCGCCUCCCCCCCCGAAUCAGCAGCUGCUCUCUGUCGAUGGUCGUGUUCGUACUCGGUCUUACUGGUGGAUCUUUUUCUUGGCUGUAACACUGCUGGUUGUGACCUGCUGUGGCUUGUUCUUUAUGUGCUUCUGGCUCCGCGAUGACGAGGCCGAAGCCUUGCUGCUCAAGGGAUCAUCGUCGUCCGGCACGUCGUCAUUGGACUCCUCUGACGAAUCGGGCGUGAUGCUUCCUGUUCUACCGCCCCUGCCACCGAUUCCGCGUGGCCGGUCGCGACGCUCGUCAGAGAGUGACGUACCUGUGUUGCCUGCUCCGCUGCGAGCCCCUGGUUUCCGCCGCGGUGUCAUUCCGCCCCCAAGCCGAAGCGUGCCGCCAAGAUCGGCCGUGCCAUUCGCAAGGAACGCAUUACCGAGAUCUCGGUGGCGAAGCAACUGCCAGGCAUUCCGGCGCUGCCCAAGCUCCCGUCCAAGGUCACCGGCCUCCCGCCGUUGCCAAGCAUGGUCAAGGCAUCGCUUGGCGGAGCAGCUGCGUCGCACGUUUCGCGGAUGGUGCCCCCUGGCGCACAAAAGGCAACGUUGCUUGAUGCACCGUCGUCGUCGUCGUCUCUCAAUUCGUCGGGUGACGGAAGUGACGGGCUCGGUGACCAUGAGCAGUUUAUCGAGGAGAUCAUUCACGUUCGGCCGCGAGGGCCCCGCUUGACCAGGACGUCUUCGAUUCCGAACGCCACCUUUGGCGUCGAUCUCGAUGGCGGCCCAUCAGUGGCUUCGCUCGCCUCUCGUCGCGGCUCACUUGCCAACAUCCUGCGGCCAGAUACCGCUGGCUCGGUAGACUUUGCUGUCGAGCCAGAUGAGCAGUUUGUCGUGACCGAAAUUGCCAGCCCGCACCCGCGUCGCGUCCCGGCCCCGAGCUCGGCACGAAUGGAGCGGUUCAACUCAAGCCCCAUGGUGUUUGACGGGCAGGACUCGUUCAUCAUCAGCCCCAUCGAGUCGCCGCUUCGUAAGACUGCUGCGCGCAAUGCGGCUGCGCGUACGUCCGACUCACCGUCGCGCCGCCCGCGCCGUAAGAGCCUCUCGCUCCGCCGUGCAUCGUUCUCGCGGACCGUGGACUCGCCCUCUGCUCCUUCCCGUGGCAUGACGCCGCAUAGUCCGCGUGUCCGGCCCGUGACUGGCGACAGAGUCGAUGCGACGACCACCGAGACUUCAGAGCUCGCAUCAUCGUCGGCGGCCGACUCGUCGUCGGCCAUCUCGCUCGACUCACCUCGACCAGUUGCCACGCUGUCGGACUUUGAGUCUGCCUCAGCGUCCGGCUCGGAAAGUGGGAGCUUCUCAUUCACUUCGGACGGACCGGCUAUGCCCUAGGCGCCAUGACUCAACUUCAUCUGCAGUAACACCACUAAUUUUCCA